GGUGGUGUCAUUGGGCUUCACAAGUGUAUAAAUAGAGGCAAGCCAUGUUUUGGUGACAAGGUGGAGGAAUUCUUGGGAGUCAGGUACAGUUUCUUCCAGGAGUCCAAUGGGGAGAUCACCAUGCUGUGAUGAGAACGGGCUUAAGAAGGGUCCCUGGACACCUGAGGAAGACCACAUGCUGGUCCAGUACAUCCAGAAGCAUGGCCAUGGCAGCUGGAGAGCCCUCCCUAGACUUGCUGGGCUUAAUAGAUGCGGGAAGAGCUGCAGGCUGAGAUGGACCAACUACUUGAGGCCAGAUAUCAAGAGAGGCAAAUUCGCUCCAGAAGAAGAGCAAGCCAUCCUCAACCUCCACUCCAUCCUAGGCAACAAGUGGUCUGCGAUCGCGGCGCACCUCCCCGGGCGUACCGACAACGAGAUCAAGAACUUUUGGAACACCCACCUCAAGAAGAAGCUGAUCCAAAUGGGAUUCGACCCCGUGACUCACCGCCCGAGGACCGACUUCUUCGAUGCCCUCCCCCAGCUCUUCGCUCUCGCCCAGCUUGGCGAGCUCGUCGACGGCCAGCCACGGGACGACCUUGCCGCACUGCUCCAAGCGGAGGCACUCGACCAGGCUGCAAAGCUCCAGUUCCUGCAGUCCCUGCUGCAGUCGGCCUGCACCAUGCCAAAUACCUCAAACACCACCAUUUCCACCAACACCCUCCUUAGCACUCGGAUGACUUCAUCUUUUCCUUCCAUCCUCUCUCCCACACCUCCUCAAAAUAUCAUCGAUAGCCAUAACCAAAUUGACCAAUUGCCGUCCUCCUUCUUCGAGCCACCCACACCCAAUGAGACCACCCAAUACUCCCACUCAACUGGUUUCGGCGAAUCUCCUCUUCCUCCUCUCACCGAUAUCUCGGUUGCCAACCAGGGGAACGCUUGCAGCAGUAGUAGUAUCUCUAGCUGUGGUGGGACUGAGACUCUCUUCUUCUGGCCUGAUGUGUUGCUGGACGACCAAUUCAUGACUGAAUCUGCCGAAAUCUUUUAAGCAGAGGAUACCUUCGCCUAUAGAUUCUGCUUUCCGCAGUCAUGGGAAGUGUGGUUCUUGA